GUUUCGGACCAGCACAAAUGGAUCUAUUGACCUGGUCCAUGUCCACCCUGAGGAUGAGGACGAGCUGGUGGUCAUCAAGAAGGCGGUCACCAGUCUCUUCUCUGUUACUGUCAGGGAAACUGGAGAACGCACGGACUCCUAUGAGACCACAGACCGAGAUCACCUUGGCGAUCUGACGCACAAGUACAAAGUGGAUACGACGCCGUCAGGAAGAACUCUGACUCGUUCCCACUUCAGUCAUAACAGGGCAGAGAGAACACACCACAAAACUCUACACUACCAGGAUGACGGAACGUUACACAGAGGUCACGCCUAUGACAAAAUCCUCUUGAAAGAAAAGCAUAUUGUGAAGGAAAAAGCAAGAGCGUUACAACCGGGAGAGAAGGUUCACGAGAUAUCGACCUCCGGGGAUUUUCCUGAAAUAUGGACUGCUUCAACAACUACCAUUCAAUUGGACGGGAAAAGCUAUGUCAACAGUCCACUGAAGGAUGAUGAUGUGCAGGGUCUGGCUCAGGAUACACUUGCAAUUAAAAUGAGAAAGGUGCAUAAACGGAUCCACGAAGUGCGACAGAACAUUUCUCACUACCUGCAGUGUGUUCAUAUGUAUCCCGAGAAAGGUGACGCUAACCGGACACAGUGUGUGCAGGAGCUCCGGGAGAUAUUGCAAGCACUACACACAGAUGACUACAAGGAGUUUGUUCACUCAGUUCUCAACGUGUCUUGUGGAGUGGUCGAGACAAACUGUUCGGUAGAAAGACUCGUCUUCAUAGAUAUCGUCGCACGAAUUGCUGAUGAAAUAUCCCAAGAAGUGAUCGUCAAACGUGUUCUCAACAGGACAGACCCUGAUGAAGAGGAGCUACGGCAUGUGUUCAUACACUGCAUUGCAAUUCAGAAGCCGAUCGUGCAAGUGGUCCAAGCUGUAGAGGAUUACUGCUUUGGUAUUGAAGAUCAGCAUCAUGGAUCAAUAAAUCUGACAGUGGUACAGACACGGGCGUGUUUAGCCAUAGGAUCUCUUGCCAGGAAUCUCCAUCUGUACUCGAAUUCCUCGGAUGCUGUCAGACUGGUUGGGAAGAUCGAGUCAUGGAUUACUAAACAUGAAAUGCAUCCGCACUACAGACACAAAAGGUCAGUCCGUAUUGGAAAAGAUAGUCACUACAUUAUUUCCAAGAAAAUACUGCUCCACAGCCUAGGAAAUGCUGGGCACCCAAAAUCACUUAACAGGAUCAUCUCCCAUACUUCCCCGGGGCAGGGUCACCACGACUGGAGACGUGCGGCAGUUGAGGCACUCAGACACUAUCGGUGUAACCAGAGUGCGGGAGCAUUGCUUGAGAGUGUUCUUCGAGACGACAAGCAGAGUGUGAGAAGAGCGGCCAAAUAUCUGUACAUCAGGCACCCAAGGGCAAACAACCUGACACGUGAACAAGAAAACAUCAUUCUCAGUCACACAUACGCAUGGCCAGUCAUUGCAAGACUAAGGAGAAGUGUGUUAGAUGCUAUUCUCUUCCAGUUUAGAAUAGGCUUGCCACGCGUGGACUGGAAAAAAGAGAUAGGAAGCAGUGCAAUUGGAGCCAGUUUCGGUGUCCUUUUUGAGAAUGAAAUGUCUGCAGUGUUCCGGCCUCUUAGCGGUUUUAUUGAUAUUGAUAUCCAUGACAAAUUAUGGGCUGAGGCACACUUCGGCAUCAUUGACAAGCAUAUCGACAUCCUCCUAAUUGAACUGUGUUACAAGGGCAGAUUGGAAUACAAUGCAAACAAAUUUAAGGACAUGAGCGUCGGGUUAGCACAGAACCUUGCAGGGGCCUACGAUGACAUAGCUAAAGAGAUCAUGAAGCCGAUGACCGAUGAAGCCACUAGAAUGACCUCUCAGUUUUUGGAACCUGAUGGCAAAACCACGAAGAGCAACUUUGAUCCACUUGCAAGUGCGGUAAAAGAUAUACCAGCCAAAACAGAUGAAGCCCUGUCUUCGGUGUUGGAACUAAAUACUCUCACUCAGCAGUACCAAAGUAUGCCAUGGGUGACCCGACUGCAACAAGCCGUGGAUCAUGCACAAGCGUUGGUAGAAGGAAUAAAUACUGAUGCCCUCAACUUCUACAAGAAAAUAUCUGACGCAAGUAUCGUGGCCUUGCCGGUUGGAGAGAAGGAAAUAAUGGAUAGUGUCAAUUCAGCAACCAAACUGAUGGGCAAAAUAUCCAAAUAUCCAAAGCAAGCCUUCUCACACUUGGAAAAGGCCAAACUUGGAUUCCAGCUUGGAAUGGGUAGAAUUUUUUCAGGAAAUUCUAUCAUCAGAAAAGCAACUUCUUUGCUGAAAGGGCAAAGUUCAUCGUGGAUGUCAGCGGGAAGCGACAUUACCCACGUCAUGUCUUCAGUAAAGAGCGUUUUGUCAUCUGGGUUCAAAAGACACAGGAGGAAGAAGAGGACACCUUCGCCGUUUCAUCAGGUUAAUGAUCUUCUCGACAAAGUGGGGGAUUCAGCAGAUGAAAUAUUCAGAAAAGUUGAGACAAAGGCCAGCCAAAUCAUAUCAAAACUGGAAUCUCUGAGGGACAAAGAGCCGCAAGCGUUCCAACAAGGACUUGACCAUCAAAAGCUCACAACUGACAAAAUACAAUACAACUUCAAAGUGUUUCAAGAGACGAUAGAGAAAAUGAAGUCUACGAUACAGUCCCUGUUUGGAUCAAAGUUUCAUCCCUCAUUCCCUGGUCAAAGACGUCCUUCAGAUUCUAACUGCGGUGAAGGGACAUAUCCCUCUGGCACUAGGAGCAAGUAUGGAACUGCGGGAAUCGAUCUCGUGUUGAAUAAAGGGUGGAAGGUCAUAAACCCUGUAGCUGGUAUAGUUCGCCAAACAGGAGCUUCAGAGGUCACGAUCAAACCAACCGAUGGAGACUUCAAGCAAUAUGAGAUUAUUAUAGCCAACAUCAAUUCCUCUGUCGGGAAUGAGGACAAACAUUUUGAACAGGCACAGGAAAUAGGAACAUCGGGCGGUAAGAACGGGUGUGACUGGCCUCACAUUCAUCUUGCUGUCAAGAAGAAAUCUCAAGGUACCGGUAAUGACAUGUGCUUCUACAUGGACCCGUCACCCUUUGUCGAUACUGUGAAACUGAAACCUGUUUGGCACCAGGAAUGCAAAGAUUUCACUUUUAAACACAUUGGACAAGUUGCUGAUCUAAUAUCAAUGCCUAAUGCCUUGUCAGAAGUCCUUGGGAAGCUGAAACGAGAAGCAUUAGAUUGGCUGAAAGGAUAUGCUGCUAAUCUGCUCAACAAAAUUAUCCCUCCCGAUUCGGCGUUGGGGAAGGCUAUGAGCUUUAUUAGCAGUAAGCUUGGAUCUCUGUCUGAUGUCACCCAGCUGUUCACAGGAUUAGGGGGACACAUGAAUAGUUUCCUCUCAUCAAUAAACGCCAAUGUCAAGAAGAAGGCUUUUGGAGCAUUUUCUGAGAUGUUACGAUCAAAUGUCCACUUGAAAACUCGUCUUCCAAAACUGUCUCGUUUGCUUGGAAAUGCAACGUCAUUACUAAAGAAAGUGCCAUUCGGAAAAUUGAAAACAUUUGCAACUGGUGGUCUUGGUAAACAUCUUGGAAGAUUUGGAAUCCUACCCAAAGGAGGGAGACUAGCAAGCACAUCUCUCCUCAAGACUUCCAUGUUUAAAAAGUGUGCUCAUUUCAAGACGGGCUUCCUUUUUGGACAUGAUCAGAUGUGUACUGCUGAUGAGGAUUGUCUUGGAUUCGCCUGUCAUAUCGAUAUACCGCUCAGCCGUAUUCAGGGUGGGAUCUCAUUGAAAGUCAGGGUUCAUCCUCUUGAGGCAAAAGUUGAUGUUGAACUAAAUGGUGAAGGAAAGAUUGCCCCCAGAGGUAACAAGGUCUCAAGGACUGGGGUUAAACUUGGACCAAUCUCCUUUAGUCUCAAGAGUUCAGUGGAAAUACAGGGAGGUGGAUUGGUCAUCUCACUGUCUGUUAAACCAUGCUACAGAUCCAUGUGUCACAGGGACAUCAAGAUCAUCAGGAACCUAGCUUUUCACAGGAGGCACACACGAGAUAUUUCUGCUACGGUACAGAGAGGCAUUUCAAAGCUGGAAAGCAUGGAUUUAACCUCAAUCACGGAUCAGCUGACUAACCUCAAUGUACCUGGUAAAGAGUUCAUAGGACAGAUGAAUGAAAUGUUGGAUGGAAUACGAUCAAAGAUAAUAGAGCAUGCAGCUGACCCAGCUGGGGCUUUAACAGACGAAAUGAAAGCUGAAGAUGAUUAUGAAGACAAACAGGACUAUCCAAAUGGAAAACCCCUCUACUUUCCUUUCUUCCCACCUGGUCUCAUGACUUUCCGAUAUCCAGCAGGACCUGUUGUGUUUGUUAUAUCUAUAGAUGCUGGCGCAGAGCUUGGUCAAGAAGUUUCUGUGGAUGUACAGGCAGUCAAAUCAACUAUGUCGACAAGAAUAGGACCAUUUGUUGCGGGAAAAGUCAAAGUAUCUUUUGGCAUAUCUAUCGUAAUUGCAUCUGCUGGAAUAUCUCUUACUGGAUGGCUGAUGAGAACAAGUUUUCCUUUUAUACUGGAGAUGAACUACGCAAAAGUACCAGCUGUUGCCAUAAAAAAACUUAAUGUAGAGUUGACUCCACUUGAACUACGAUUAAGAGCAUGGGUUAAAAUACUUUUCAUUAUCAACAUGCAUUUUGACAUAUGGCAUUGGAGAAGCCCCACAUACACUGGUACCAUCUGGGAACACCGAGUUGAUCUGAACGAUAAAACUCCACCACGAUUCCCUAACUGUGACCACAGGAAGAGGUCCUUGUCAGGGAGUUGCUCAGUUCGGCAACUUGAUGGAAGACAUCCCAGUGACACAGCAUUCAUCUUGGAAGUUGACAGUGAAGAUGAAAAUAGCCCCCUUACUCUACACUAUAGUAUUGGUAAUUCUCGUGGUGGCAGAGAUGUGAGAUCAUUGGUUGAGAUGAGAGGGCCCUCCUUAACAUUACCCACAAUCUCAUUGCCUCAUGGAGUUCCUUUGUAUUGGACUAUCAGGGCUAGAAACCAACAAGGCAUUGAGGCAACAGCUAUGUGCAUGCUCGACACCUUUGACAAUACAGUUCCAGAUGGAAGAGUGGAUGCUGGCUAUCAGUUUACAAGUCAUAGGACAGUGAUCCAAGCCAAUGUUGUCGUAUUUGAAGAUUCUCCACUUACACCUAAUCAUUCGGUUGCUGUGGGAUACAGUCCUGGAGAAUUCGGAAAAGAAAUUUUGGAUUGGAAAAUUCUUUACUUGAAAAACACGAAUGAGAGACAAGGCGUCUUGUCCACAUUAAAAUAUUUUGCCCCAUCUAAGGCUGGAAAGUUGUCGUCUGCUCCAUUUUCCACAUCGUAUGCAGUUAAUGAUAUUGAAUGUGCAAGACUAUGUAUGCAGACAGGAUCAAAAUGUAUUUCCUUUGACUAUGAAAUGCAUACUCAGGCAUGUGAUCUGCAGGAAACUGUAGUAGGAGCAAAUGCAAAACUUCAUCUUGCUGCAUCAUAUUUUCACCACGAAAGGCUUGGUGUUGGUUACAGUGCAUUUCUCGAAUUCUCCCACUCAUCACUUGAACAUGGCGCCCAGUAUUUUGUUAAUGCAAAGAUCACCAACACUCUAGGAUACAUUGCCUACCUGCCAUCAACAGGGACUCUAGCUGACUUCACUCCGCCAGAACCUGGUCCUGUGGGAGAAGCUGUCUCUGAUGUGUUACGGGCAGAUGGAUGUAAGGCAGCUGUUACUCAGAGAUGCAUUGAUGUUACCAAGGAGCUCAACCACAGAAACAUAAUUGAUGGGAAUGCUGGAAGAACGGUUUUUGGGGGCAACAAACCUCUUGAAGAUUCAAAGUAUACGCUCGCUAACAACUAUAUUUCAGGAAACUGUGAUGGAUUCCAUGAUGACGAGAGUGGUAUUUGGGGCUACACGUGGGCUGCUGGGACAUCUGUGUGCGGAUCUGAUGUUGUGAACUUCACCGAUCCACAUGCUCAGCUGCAAACCAGGCAAGACUGGACAUAUACCGGACUGGGCAAGAACCUCCAUCUGGCUGAUGGUCAGUACUAUAUAACCUUCCAAGCUAUCAACAAUGUUGUUCAUGGAGGAGCCUUGGUUACAACGGUGUGUCACUCUACACCUGUAACAGUUGAUACAACACAGCCAGUUGUACAUGAGGUAGGGGAUCUGUUGUUUGAUGAGGAUUUUGAUAUCUUGGGCGUCUACUUCAAUGUAUCAGACGAUGGAUCAGGUAUUGCUAGGGUGGACUUUGGUCUUGGCAAAACAAAGUAUGACGUAUUUGUGAGAUCCUACAGUCGUCAUCCCUUCCUAAACAGAGCCGACCCAUACCUUGUGAUAGAAGAUCUUGGCUUAGCACCAGGUGUGCAGGCUUGGGUGCGAAUCAGAGCCGUAAAUUCAGUGGAUCUCUCUACUGCAAGCCAUGGUGAUGUCCCAAUACUGAUUGACUUUACACCUCCAGUCAUUGGUAGAGUACUUGAUGGGAACAAGCUGCUGCAGGAUAUUGAAUAUCAACAUGAUACUGACAUGAUUUGUUCACAGUGGGUAGAUUUCUAUGAUCCAGAAUCUGGUAUUGACAGUUAUCUCUGGGGUGUUGGAACAACAGCUGGAGCUGACGACCUUCUUCCUUUUACAAAUUUUACGCAUCAUGUUAAAGCUGCCUGCAAUGUCACAACUCUGCACCACAACACAACAUACUAUUCAACAGUUGUUGCUUUCAACGGGGCAAUCAAUCAGAAGGAAAUUCAGGCAACUUCUAAUGGAGUGCUGGUAGAUACAACACCUCCACUGCUUGGUUAUGUCUUUGAUGGUGCUGAUCUUCUGCGUGAUGUGGAGUUCAGCUCUGAGACGGCCACUAUUGCAAGUUCCUGGGCCAACUUCACUGACCCAGAAAGCCAUGUACCAGAAUAUACAAUGAUGGUAUUUGUAAAUGAUGAACUAAAAAAGAAAUUCCAUGUUGGAUCCGUGACCAGUUAUACUGAUCAUACAAUGAGCACAAAACACAAGGACCAUGUCCGAGUUCAAGUCACAGCAAUAAAUGGAGCAAGACUUGAAACACCGGCAGACAGUGAUGGGUAUCUGGUCGACGAAACACCACCCAACAUGAUUUAUAUACAAGAUUCUCAAACAGGCAAAUACCAGAGCGAUUCUACACACAUUGGUGUCAAGUGGUAUUUUACAGAUGAAGAGUCAGGCAUCCUGGAAUACAGAUACACUAUAUUUGAAAAGAUCGGGGGUCAGAAAAAAAGGUUUUGGCCAAAAGAUGAGACAUUUGCAGUCAUUGAAGUUGAAAAGGCAGACAUACAGUUGGAUUUCCUUCCUCUUACAAAUGGGGCUUUAUAUACAACAUCCGUCACAGCUCUCAACAAUGCUCUUCUUGCAACAUCAGUAGAAUCAAGUGGAGUUCUUAUUGACACUACAGCACCAACUGUAAAGAAAGUAAUGAUAGGUCUACCUGGACAAGAGGAGGAGCUUGAUGAUUUGGGAAAUGUAAUCCACAUGGAGGAUCAGCCAAUGCAUGUGUCUUGGACAGCUCGUGAUCCGGAAAGUGGCAUAGCUGAAAGCCUGCUUUGUGUGAAGGACAAUGUCAUACAGUGCACCCAAAGUGAACAGUUUACCAGCUAUGGAAGCACGUCAUCUGUAACAGUGGAUGCUCUCAAUCUUAUAUCAGAUGACAUUGCCAAAUACUUUGUAGUUAUCAGAGUUAUAAAUAGAGCAGGCUUGACCGCAGAAGCUAUGUCAAGACCAAUACACGUAGAGAAGGGGAAUUCUCCUGGAACAGUCUACGAUGGUCGAAGUGUCAGUGAAGAUACAGAUUUCCAACGGGAUCUUUCGAGUCUAGCUAUGUCAUUCGAUGGCUUUGGUAGCGAUGCAUGUGGAAUAACCAGCUACGACUGGGCGAUCGGAACACAACCAUACCUUAGUGAUAUAAUGCAUUUCACGAACUAUGGACUUACGAUGGUCGGUGACGGUGCAGGAUAUGCGGAAAUAACAAAUACAAACUUCAACAAUGUGAAGUAUUUUGUUACAGUCCGGGCUGUAACUGGUGUGGAAUGUCAGGAAUCAUACAUUGUAUCCUCGUCAAAUGGUGUAAUGGUCGACCAUGAAAUUCCAGUGAUAAAACAACAGUACAGAGAUAAAAUGAUGACGUCAUCCGUUGUGUUUGAAAACCAAACUACAAGUCUACCAUUGACAUGGUCUGUAGAGGAUGCAAAUAUGAAGUCUGUGAUAUCCUGGUCAAUAGGGAACCUCCCACUCUCUGGCGAAAAACAUGAAGCCAAUAUUUCAAAGUCAGGUCUUGAUCCAUUGGAGAUAAGUCUUUCAGCAAACAACACAUAUUUCGUGACAACAUAUAGCACUGAUAUGGCAGGCAACGUGGCUUUCAUAAGUUCGCCUCCAAUCACAGUCGAUAAGUCCCCAGCUUCUGUCAUAGACUAUGAUUGUACACCCUUCAUAUCAAUGAGGUUAACAAUUGUAACAUGUUCUUGGCGGUUUUUUAAAGAAGCAGAAAGUACCAUCACCAACGUUUCAAUCACUGCACGAACAGGACCAGGCAAUUCGCAUAUAUUAGUGGUUUCAAGACUAUCUGCGACUGAGAGACUUUGGAGCUUUGACACAAAUGGAGUUUUGCAAGAUGGCGUUUCAUCUCUGUCUGUUACUCUAGAAAUUGACAAUGGUGCUCAUCUGCACAGUAAAUUCUUCAAAGAAAUCAUAUUUGAUCAGACACCUCCAACCAUUGGGGAACUCACAAUAGUCACAUCAUCUAACCUAUCAUCGAAACAGGAAGUUGGCUGUCAGCAUCAAACAUCAUACAUAUCUGCCUUUGUGAAUGGAUUCAGUGACCCCGAAUCACAGAUCGACAGGUAUGAAGCAGGACUUGGGAGUAAGAGAGGACUGACGGAUAUUGUUCCAUUCACAAAAGUCAGUUUGUCUGAUGGACUGUUUGUACUUUCAAAUUUACACGUAGAAACUGGAGCCCUUGUCUUCGUCAGUGUCCGUAUAUUCAACAAAGCCGGGCUGUUCACGGUAAAAGAAAGUAACCCAGUGGCUGUCAGCCCUAAACCCUACUUAGUUGUUUUGGAUGGAGCAGGAUCUGAUGACGUUGACAGUCAACAUGAUCUGUCGACCAUUCAGGGUAGCUGGGUCUACUCUGAUCCUUGUCCAGUUCUUUCAGCUGAGUGGGCAGUAGAGGACAUCACAGGGGAGCUUAUCAAAGAAUUUGAACACACCCCUGGAAAUGGGCAUAACUUCUACAAUGAUGAACUUACACUGGGGUAUAUGAAGACAUAUAGAGUCAUUGUGAGAACCACCGAUGCACUGAACCGCACCAUGGAAGGUAGAUCUGAUGGUGUGAUGGUCAAGAUUAAGCCUCCAGUUCCUGGGAAUGUUCGAGAUGGCAUUGCUGCUGACAUCAACUACCAGCUCCCUACAAAUUACCUUGCAGCAAAUUGGGAUCCGUUUGGAGAAAUUGAUGAUAUGGACCCAUCACAGAAAAUAGAAUACUAUGAAGUGGCUAUAGGGAAUGACCGGAGAUAUGCAGAUAGGAGAUCCAAUGUUCACUACUUUGAAAAUGUUGGUCUGAACAGAAGUUAUGUUUUUGAGCAUUUAAAUCUAACAGCGAAAACAGUAACAUAUUACAUCACAGUGAGGGCAUACAGUUCUGCCGGAAGUUAUGAAGAGUCAUUUUCAAAUGGAAUCAGAGUUGGAUUUGGAACAGACAUCGUGUCAGGAGAUAUAGAAGUUGCUGAGUACCAAUCCAGUACAAGUGAAAUAGAAGUAUCAUGGUCUGAUUUUAUAUCUGACUUCAACAUUCGGAAAUAUGAGGUUGCUGUUGAUACUGAAGAAUAUCCAGAGUCAAAUACCAGCUUGGAAUGUCAGAAUAUUGUGUUUCAGCCGCUUGUGCCAUUUGAACAUGUCAACAAAGACACGAUAAAAACUAUAAAAGGUCUACAUUUAAAUCAUUCACAUGUUUACUAUGUCCUUGUCAAAGCUGAAGAUGAGGCAGGAAUGUGCAGGAUUGCAUCAAGUAAACCAAUUACAAUUGAUACAACACCACCUCAACCAGGACAAGUGAGUAUUGAUGGUCGACAGUCAUCUGGUAUUCUGUAUGCCACGCAACUGCACUCCAUUCAUAUAAACAUGACAGGAUUUACAGAUGAAGAAAGUUUCAUUGAUGACUACACAGUGACUUUAUUAGGAGGAUCGUUCUGCACUGAUUCAACGUCAGUUUUCACCAAAGAAACAAAUAUUUUACGCUCUGUUACUGUCUCAACUUCCAAUGCCCAUUUCAACGAUAUCAUGCUGGACACAACCAGGCCAUACUAUAUACAGGUUACCGCAGCUAAUAAGGCAGGGUUGAAGAAAGUUGUAACAAGUCAACCUAUUUUAGCUGAUUAUUACCCUCCAGUGACUGGAAACAUAAAGUUUGGGUCAGACUGGAGGUACAGUGCAAGGUCUUGGGGUGAUACGAACCUGUUACAAGGCACAAUACUCAUCAACACCAACAUUCAUGAUUCUACAUGUCAAACUGAGAGAGAAGUACUGAAGAAUGACUAUAAACAGGAAAUACUUAUCUUAGAUGGUGUCUUCCAAUCUCACGCUGUUGAUGUUUUAGACAAUAUCCAGGUCAAGAUAUAUGCAAGACUUGACCCCUCUUUGCAACUGUUUGAAAAGGGAGCAGUGAAAACGAACCCGAUGGUACUAACGGAAGGGAACUAUUCAUUUUCACUUCAAGCUACCGCAGGACGCCAUGUUUCAUCUGUCAUUGGUCUUGUUCAAGGAAAUCUUCCAAAUCCUGAUGAUAUUCUAAAGGCUUACGUGAAGAUAUUUAUAGAUAACUGCAAUGGGAGUGCAUGUCCUGAUGGGGAAAAAACUGCAGCAAGUGAUGAUGACAGUUGGAACCUUGGAGUCCUGUUAACUAUAAAUGACAACACGUCAAAGCCGCUGAUUCUUUUCUGGGCCAAAGAUCAAUCAAGAAUCAAAGUUCAUAGUGUCCAUGUAGACUUUGAUCCGAGAGUAUCGCUGAACGACUUUUCCUUUCAAGCAAUAAAUGAUUCAACACCAUCAGCAGAUUCAUGGAAUAUAAAUCUUUUCGUCAAUGGUGAGUUGAAGGGACAACAUGCUGGACUGAACAUUCUAGGACAUAUGGCAGCUACAGUGUUCACCUGGAACAAUGAUGGAAAUAUUCCACACGUUGAUGAUCCGUUUGACCCAUUCACAACUAACCUUCUCCUCUCAUCAGUGAGACUACCGCUCCAGCAAAUAAAUCCAUGUAGGUAUGGAAGAGCUUUUUAUGAUUCACAGAGUGGGCUGAAGGAUAUCUUCAUUGGUCUGUCAGAUUCUCAGAAUACAACUGCCAAUAUUGCGCCUUAUGAAAAACAAAUGUCAUUUUGUGUUCCCUGCAAGGAUCUUUGCAAAGAAAAUUGUGGCUUUGAAGGUUCCUGUUCUCAGAGUACAGAACUACAGGGAUUGUCAAUCAAGCACUUCGAGCUCAGCAACUUGACACUGGCGCCAUCUCAGAUGUCUGAUCGCAUUAACUACAAUGAUUCAGACCUAAGUGCCUACUAUCUGGAUGUGAAAGUAACUGAUCAUGCUGGUUAUGAAACAGAAAUCAAGUCUGACGCCAUCAUCAUCGACACAACACCUCCAGUGGUAACUGAUGUGACCUGCUUUGAUCCUGAGUACUCCAUGUAUGAACCUGCUAUGUUCAUUGGAAAUGACCAUGCUGUCAGUGCUAGUUGGGAGAUAUCAGAGGAUUUCAGUGACAUCAUCGCCGUUGUUGUUGGAAUUGGAACUAAAUGUGGACUAGAUGAUAUUCUUCAACUUCCCCUUCAUAAUAGACUGAAGAAUGUCACUUUGAAUUCAACAAAAGAAAAUCUUCAACAGGAUCAAACGUAUUUUGUUGGUGUUACUGUGGUAAAUUCUGCUGGUCUGAACCACACUGCAUGUUGUCCAUUUAUCAUUGACAUCAAGUCCCCAAACAUUUCCUCUAGUGAACCAGUGCCACUGUUUGUCUCAGCAGAACAUGUGCCUGGACUGAAUGUUUCACUUACUGAGUACAAUGACCGGGUUGGAAUCAAGUGGGAUGAUCCACAUAGUGAUGUGGACUAUUUUGACUGGCAACUGGCUAGUGAAGAUUCUGUAGAAGAAAUAUAUCCAACAAUGCGGGUGGGUUCAAACUCAACACGACGUGUCGAGGUCCUGAAGGGGGAUAUUAGUCUUUCUCAUGGUGCAGUCAAUGCGUCAGUGUCUGAAUUUCUCAAUAGAAACUUCUCUGAUGGCCUCAAGAGUGCGGACUUCAAGAAUAGUCCUCUCUUUCUGGAACCAGGCAAAUGUGUCAUCCAGACAGUGACAUCUGUCAGUAGAGCUCACAAGAAAACAGAUUUGACGUCAAAGAAGACCUGCAUUAAACGCAAGAAAGACAUGAUCGUAAAGCAGGGCACCAACAAAACACUUGUGAUUGAUGGCGAUACCAUCUCCGAGUCAUCUGCAAAGAACAACCGUUCUGUUUGCAAAUUAUCAGUGGCAGUUUCCAGUGGCGCCUUAUCGGUUGGUGUACUGAGCGAGGCAGACCAACAUAAGGCCUACGGUGCUCCAGCCGCCGUGGAUUAUUCCCCUUACAUCGUCAGCCCUGACAUCACAUCGACACAGCUGUCCCGGUUCCUCAUUGGAAGACUCUACAAUGUUGUUAGUCCCACGUUCUACCUGUCUCCAAUCAGCAAUGUACAACUUAAAGAAGCCAUCAACGUUGAUUUGCCAAUAUCCCCAACUGACGAACACCUGGAAUCAGCGAUCAUUCUAUGGGACUCAGGUGACAAAGUCUGGCGCCAUGUCAGUGAAAUCUGUGGUACUUCAUCUUUGAGGAAUGACGCCACGAGGAGUGAUCUUCAUACAUUUCAGAUCUGCAAUUUAGUCUUCAAGAGAAGCUUGACAAAAUCAAAUACACGUGAGAAGAGGACAGCGACUGCUUACUCGAGUCCAAGGAUGCUUUCCGGAGCCAUUGUGUCCAAACUUGUGAACAAUACACCCCCCAUCAUUGACACCAUUGUUGUACAAUGUAUUGAAGACAGCUUUGUAAAUCAAGCCAUCAAGUAUCACGAUCUACAAAAUGACAAUUUAACAUUUACAAUAGUAGAAUAUCCUGAUCAUGGCCAAAGCAACCUUUCCGCAGAGGGAAUAUUAUCCUACCGACCAGUAAAGGAUUUUAAUGGCUAUGAUAGCAUUCUUGUAAAUGCAACGGAAGUUUUCGUACAUGAUUUGGGAAUAGUACCAAGUACAUUUACGAAGAGAAUACACUUCAAUGUCUCAAAUGUUAAUGAUCCACCCGUCACUUUCUACCAGAGGGACACCAAGUCACCAAUACCAUCGUUUGUUGAAAGUAUUCACAAGGUGUAUGUUGAAGGUAACCUUACGGAUCACUCUCUGGGUUCGUUUUGGAUAGCAGAUGUUGAUGACCCUGAGGAGUUGAACAUCCUUCAAAAGGAUGUAAGUGGACUGGCAGCCAACUUUACACUUACACCCGUCAGUGUGUCAGGGGAAGAUGAAGAGACAUACCGAAACAUGUCCGUGAGCUACUCGGGCAAAACUAUUACCAAACGUAACCUGAAGAUGAAGACGCUGAAGCAGUUCCAUGGGGGCAUCGAAUUCUCACUCCGGGCUGUUGAUAAGAAUAACAGCUACAGCCACGCCCUGUCCAUCCAUGUGUUUGUCCUAAUCAGCCCAUGUUAUCAUGGUACCUGUGCUCCAAGAAAAACGUCCUUAUCUUGUGAACAUCCAGGCAGAGCAACCAGCUUUCAACCAUAUCACUGUGUGUGCAUGGAUGGCUACGAGGGAGAGUUCUGUGAGAAGGAAAUCAAUGAAUGUCUAAAGGCAACCUGUUCCCUUCUGUAUGAUUGUGAAGACAGACUGGCGGCCUACGACUGUGUCCUGAACAUUCCGAAGAUUCUUGCUAUACUUGUGUGCAUUUGUCUGCCCUGUCUUGGUGUUGCCUUUUACAUAAGUCGCAAGUACAAAAAGAUUCGGAGUCAAGCAAAGAUUUGGGAUUUGCCAGACAGUCCUCCAGACACAGAGACAAAUCCUGUAUACUUACCAAGGCACACAUCAGAAGAUCCACACUGUGAUGGUAAAGUAGACACGGAUCAGACGACUUCCGGGUCGACCUCUACCACGGAACAAGUUGAGGACGAGACGCCUGACAGUCUUCAGGUGAAUGACAGCAGCACGUCUGACUUAUUCAUGGGCCCAGGGCGAGCCAAGAUGCCUCACAGGAAAACAAAUUAUUCAAACAUAAGGAGCUCAGACACAGCCCUUACCAAAGUUGUUGAUUGAAGUAACCGCAUCCAAAGAAAGACUUUAUAUGUAUUUUGCAAUUCUUGCAGUUUUGUCGUUUUUAGUUUAUGCUGUGCUGCUUUUGUAACUCAUUUGAGUGGAGCCUAUUAGCUGUUUGUGUGAACUCUAAAAUCUUCAGUUUUAUUAUACAAUAAUCUGAUUCACAAUCUGAGUGUUAAUUUAAUAUUAUCCAUAUUAUGAGUUAUGUUAAAUAUGUAUGUGGAAUGCAAAUGACAUCAGCCAAGAAAUUUAUUUCAGGAAGCAAUUAAAACAUGUAUAUGCAAAUUAACGUCUUUAGCAUUCAAAUUAAGUUUCUAACUUGCAGAUUGCAUUGAGUGUAUGUAUUAAAUUUAUAUGAAAUGAGUGUAAAGAUAUAAAUAGAUAUUCCCAUCCUUAAAAGAAAUGUUGAUGACACGUAUUGUCAUUUUGUUAAUUGAUCAUGUGUUUGACAACAUGCUACUGAUAUUAAUUAUGAAAGUAAUCUAUAUCACGUAAACAUUACUUUCUUUGAACCGAGUGUCGUGUCCAUGUGAUCAUACUAAAACAGGAGUAUCUAUCUUAGUUUAGUUUAACGCAAUAAACGUUAUUAUCGUUUUCCGUAUUUGUUGUCAUCGUGGUGUGUAACCGAUAAGCGCAAGUUCUUGUGAGUACCUUACCAGUACUUCGAAAUCAGAAUUUUGUUUCCAGAAAUGGUUAUUAUCAGAGCUCACUAAACACAAUCAAUAGAAAUGGUUGGCCAGAUAAGGAAUCGUAGUGCGUUUCAGAAAUGUAAAGCUACUCAUCAAAAUAUCACAAUACUGUUGCAACAGAAUCGCAAAACAGUUUUAACUAUUGCAACUGUUACAAUAGACUUUACGUCUUCAUCACUUUUAUUUAACCAGCUAGACGUUAAAGUGACCAUGUAACAUUACCCUGUGCCAAUGAUGUAUUGAACUGCUAUAAACAUAUGCUUCCAUAUCA